AUGAGUGUAAAAAGCUUGCUACAUUGGGGAUUUGACCUGACCUUAAUAGCCAUGGUGCUGGCUGCUUUCAGACAAAAUACAGGCUAUGUAUUUGCGUAUGAACAUUAUGGGAUAGGAAGUCACGUAUACAAAUUACUUUCAUGUGGUGAAUGGUGUUAUAAUACAUUCUGCAACUAUGCUAUAAACUCUAGAUACUUCAGGAAACAACUUCCAAGAGACAAAUUUAAGAACCCAAGGAUAAGAGAGGUAGAGGAAUUGAGCAGGUCGGAUCUUUAA